UUCCCUUAAAACUAUUUUUCCAGCUACUUCAGAAUGACAAGGGGGUGCAGCAUGUGUCAGUUUAUGUGUUUCCCGUGAUGUGUCUAUGAGCUGCUUAUCUUCUCCACCCUUUACUUUGACAUUUGGAGCGUUCAUGAACUGUAAAUGAGGCAGCACGCGCUGAGCUGCUGCAGCCCUGGUCGUCGCUCGUUCCGCUGCCAUCCCUGACACACCAUCGGAGAUAAGCGAGGUGACACGGCAGUUCCCCAGAUGUAUUUCAACACAUCAGAUGCUUUUAUGUGGAAUUGUCUUUUAUAACUGCAGUCAUGACAUCAGUUUGGAAGAGACUUCAGCGCGCAGGCAAAAGAGCGUCGAAGUUUCAGUUCGCUGCGUCCUUUCAAGAACUCACCGUUGAGUGCACGAAAAAGUGGCAGCCAGACAAACUGCGAGUGGUUUGGAUCAGACGAAACAGACGCAUCUGUACCAAGCUUCAUGGCUGGCAACCAGGUAUUAAGAAUCCGUACAGGGGGACUGUUGUCUGGCAGGUUUCUGAGAGCAUUGACAUUACAGUCACGCUGUUUAAGGAUCCAAAUGCAGAAGAAUUUGAGGACAAAGACUGGACAUUUAUCAUAGAGAAUGAAACAAAAGGCCAUCGGAAAAUUUUAGCGUCGGUUGAUGUGAACAUGAAGAAGUAUGCGAGCGCGACGCCAACUCAGUUUGACCUGACACUUAAACUGAAGCCUCUGUCUAUGAAAGUGGUGGACGCCACACUCAAACUCACCCUGUCCUGUGUCUUCCUGAAAGAGGGCAAAGCCACGGAUGAAGACAUGCAGAGUUUGGCCAGUCUGAUGAGUUUAAAGCAGUCUGAUGUUGGAAACCUGGAUGACUUCAAUGACAGUGAUGAAGAGGAGGACAAAAGACUGAGCGCAGCAGUGAAAAUGGCCACAGCAGCAAUAGCUCCUCUUCCUCCUGCCAGGAGAAUACAUGACAAGGCCUGGAGACCUGCUGUAGACACAGGCUCCUCUGAUACAGCUCAUUCUGAAACGGAGUGGAUGAACUGUUCCUUCAUCACACCUAACCUUCCUCUGCAGUACUGCCCCCUGUCAUGCACCGCGCUUGAUCGUUCUGCCCCGCCCCUAUCCACCUCCUAUAUCCAACCCCUCCCGCAGACACGCCCCUCCCCAUACGCCUUCACUAUACCAGCAUUCACUCGUGCUCACCCUCCUGCCCUGCCAAAAAUCUUCCAGCCAUCGGCAGGCUCAGCCGCUGUAUCUGUUGCUCGAAGGCCCUCUGGGGGUCUCACAGACUCUGAGUUAAUGAAUACCAGUCGCACUACAGAGGGCGUAGUUUUGCUUCACUCGCAGCCCCUCUCUUCUCUUCCUGGGAUUAGCACACCUCCCUUCUCUCUUUCUACUCCUCAAUCCUCCUCGUCUCCUCAACAGAACCCUCUGCCUGAUGUUACACAGACAGCUACCUAUUCUGCUGCUCGAGGCAAGGCCUGGAGACCUCGCAGUUUACACUCUUUACCACACUCCCCCUCUGCUUUUGACCCCUCCUCCUCUGACUUUGACUCCUCUCAUGGUUCCAUGACUCUUCCUCUACCUUCGCCCUCAAAAAAUGUUCACGCUGCUUUGGCUGUGACAGGCUCUAUCCUUACAAAGCCUACAAGCAUGCCCUCUGCCACUGAGACAGCAUCUUGGCAAAAAGAGUGGAGGUCCCCUAAACUGCACCCUGCUCUAUGUCCUGCUCCAUCUACCUCAGCAGAACAUAUAAAUCAGCAGCCUGUGCAGGGUUUGGAGAAUAUGUGCCAUCCAGCCUCAACUGCCUCUUCUGCCCCUGCACAAACCACUCUCCUAAUGUGUUCUCCUCUUCGUGCUUUGUCUCCAUCCCAUGUGCAGUCUCCUCCCCCUGUUCUUCCCCAACCAAUGGUUUCUUUUACUGUCACUCCCAACCCUGGUGUAUCAUCUCUCAUUGUGGCUUCUACCUCUGAGCAGCUCAGCCCUGAGUCUGCCUCUAUUUCUAAAACCCAGUCAGCUGCCAUCCCUCCUCAUCCAGCAUCGUUUGUUUCUACUUCCAAUGCUCCUGCUACAUCAUUAAGUUCUCCAUCCACCUCUUAUCCCUGUGCUUCUUCUCUCUCAUCAUCUGUUCAUCUCGCUGUUUCUGAUGCCCCUCGAAAUUCCUCGCUUAAUGUUGGUCCUGUGGUCACUCCACCUGUUGUCUCCGAAUCAGUGUCAACCUCAGACCCUCUCCCAGGCGUCCAGACGUCUGAAUGGAGACAUCAGGUUGUGCCCACCGUUGUUAGACCUAAUGUGCGAAGGCCAAUAGUUUCCUCUCUUGUGGAGGCCCUUGCCUCUCCUUUGUCUUUUCCUCCUUUCAUUCUUCCCUCACCCUAUACCAUGGUCACCGAUCCCCAUAUUUAUACCCACACUUCCACUGCACCCCCUGUUAUUGGUUCCAUUUCUGUCCCUCCCUCUGAUUCUAUCAAAGAGAAACACAGACAGCUAAGUGUAUUACCAGAAGAGGAAUAUCCAAAUACAGUAUGUUCUGCUGAGGAGGAUGCAGACACUAAACCCUCAAAUGUUUCUCACAAUCAUGAACCCCACCCUCGCAAAGCUGGAGUCAUCAGUAUAGCCAACCAAAGGCCAAACAUCAGUAUUGACAAGCAACAACCUGUUUUUGAACUGGAGGUUGUGAGGCCUGCAAAAGGACCAGAUAGUAUGGCCUCUCUGCUGCCCUGUGAACGUAUGUCACCCACUCUCACUGGUGUCAAAUAUUUUGAGCUGCCAAAACCUUGUUUUGAGUUGUCUGAUACAGAGAGAAUGCACACCCAUGCAGUCCUCGAAAAUAUCCCCAAACCUGCUGUAGCACCUUCAUUAUCUACCUCAUUAAGUGAGUUCCAGAUCAGUCAGUCAGAGAUUUCACAGAACUCUGCUGAGCUUGCUGUUUCACACUCAGCUGCACUUGAGUGUCCGGAAGAUGUGAUGACUCCUCAUGAAGACAAUGCUCAGAAACAGCCCUCUUACAUUAAAAGUAGUCGUCAAUCAGAGGAAAUGCAAGAGCAAGAAACAAGCCCAGAAUCUGUGGCACAGCUGCUCUCAAAUCCAGAAAUUUCCCAGUCAAACACCCAAAGCAUGGCCGCUUUGCUGCCCUCUUGCCCAAAAGCAUUAAAUUCUCCUUGGUCACCAUCCAAAUUGACUAAUGAUACAGUUGAGAGUCAAAUAGGAGACUUGUUUGAAGACAGGCUGCCUAGGAUAAGCCAUGUUGACAUCGUUCAAUCUGUUCCCAGCAUGGCGUCUCUUCUUCCAGCAUGCCCAAGAACUGCCUUUGUACCUGGGAUGCCGUCUAUAAUGUUUAAGGACAAAACUUCUAAGUGGCCUUGGGACAAAUCUGUGGUGAUACUGAAAGAGUAUGUUGAUAAAGAGAAACCAGCUAAACUUAUUCAAGACAUGGAAUGCUCAUUUUAUGACCCAAGCACAACAAAAAAUAUGGUGUUACUACGGUUAACUUGUCCAAGAACUGCCAGCAUCCCAGGAUUUCCAUCUUUGGUGUGCCAUAAAGAGGAAUCUCCCAUUAUGGUCAGUCUCCUUCUUAUGUGCCCAAACGUAUCCUUAGUGCCUGGUUUACAGUCAAGAUAUGCACUCAUUUGGUCAGAUAAAAUCUGUUCUGAAGACGAGUUGGUAUUAUGGGAGGGACAUUUUAGGAAAAGUAAGGAACAAAUGUUGCCAGCAUUUUCAAUGGAGGUGAAUUUAGAAACUGCCCGAAAUAUGGUUGCAAUGAGGCCAUCUUGCUCAGUAGCAUCCAAGAUUCCAGGAUUUCCAUCUGCUCCAAAAGCGAAACCAGUUACAAGAACAAGUAUGUUCAGUAUUUUACCAUGUUGUCCAAAAGUUUCCACCAUUGCUGGUUUCCCAUCCACAAAGCUACUUUAUUUUGGCCAAAAUACUGUCCAACAGUGGCCAUCCAACAUUAAUUCACCCUUGAUCAUAACUAAGAAGAAUCAGUCAUACAUGAAAAAAAUGUUGCCUCGAGUUGCAAACGCAUCCAAAGAGGACAUUGAACAAUUAAAGUCUAUGAUUGCCUUAGUACCAUCUUGCCCAAGAAAAGCAAGAACUCCUUGUUUUCCAUCUGUACCUAAGCGAAAACAAGACAUUGCAUUCUGCAUGAAAAAUCUUCUAUCUUCCUGUCCAAAAGCCUCUUGUGUUCCUGGAAUAUCAUCUUUACAAAUGCUUACAAUGAUAUCAGAUUCAGUUAAGGACUGGCCAGAUGACAUUAAGCCAUUUUGGAUAAAGAGACUAGUAUCUCAGCCUUGUCAUUUAAUCUUCCCAUAUCUACCUCAGUAUGAAGUUUCAGAAGACAAAUAUGUUAUUAACAGUAUGGUGUCAUUGAUAUCAUCUUGCCCAAGAAAAGCAAGAAUACCUGGAUUUUCCUCUGCACCAUGGCUCAUGCCUGAAACCCAAAUCAUAUCUGGUGCCCUAUCAACCUGUCCACUAGUGGCUAAAUCUCAAGGCUUCCCCUCUUUAGGCCCAAGCAACAGUUAUGAGGCUAUAGUAAAUAAUUGGCCUUUUAAGGAAGAGGGCUUUUUUUUUAGAAGGUGUUUUAAAGAUACACCAAUGAACAUUGCUUAUCAGGAUAAGGAAUAUUUUAAAGGAAUACAUGCUAUUUUGCCAAGUUGUCCAGUGAAAGCAUGUGUUCCUGGCUUUCCAUCUGCUCCAAAGCCCAAAGUAAGGAAUCCUCCCUUAAUGGUUUACCUUGUCCCUUGUUGCCCUACAGUUUCAAGUGUACCUGGGAUGCUAUCAAGGAAAAUACCCAAAACUGAUUUAAAGUGGCCUUUUAAUGAAAAGCCAUUAUGGGUUAAACAAAUUAAGACCGAGUUGUCUCAGUCUAUAUACACUGUUCCACUACAGUACAGAGAAGCAAAUGAUAAAGGGAUUGCAAGAGAUAUGGUACCUUUGCGCCCAUCUUGUGCAACCAAUGCUAAAUUUCCUGGCUUCCCAUCGGCCCCAAGCCUAGAAAUGGGGAAGAAUGGAACAGAUAUGGUCCCUCUCAUGCCAUCUUGUCCACGUCUUACCAAAGCAUCAGGCAUUCCAUCAGUUGACUUAGGAAAUGGAACAACUACAUGGCCUCUGGAAGAGAAGCCACUGUACAAGAGGACCUUAAAGGAUGAGUCAGUUAUGGUGGAUGUAGCAUUAAAUAACUUGAAUCAAACCUAUAUGGACCAUCUGAAUUAUCACAUGGAAGAGAUGACUACUAUGAUGGCAUCUUAUGCAAGCCAGUCCAGAGUGCCUGGCUUACCACUCACAGAUUCAGAAACUCCAUAUAUGCUUCAUCAAACAAAUAUUAACCUACAGUCCACAGAAGAUGGUGUUCAUAAACAAGAAAAUUCAACUCUGCUUGGUCCAGAAGACAUUGAAAUAGACCGUUCCAGUCCAAGCAAGUCUGACUAUAGUUUUGUUUUAGAACAGACCAAGGAGAAUAUGGACUUUUGGGCAAGACGUAAGGAAGAACAAAAGAGAAUUCUGGAGAGGGGGAACACACAUUACAGAAUGUGGCACUCCAUACCAGACAUGCCAAUAUUACUGACUGUUGGGGAGAGAUGUGAAAGCAAAGGUGCUCAGAUCUCACCUUCUGCCACAUACAACACAGAGAAUUACAAUGAUACUCUGACUGAAAACAAUGAAAUGGAUGAGGGUGUAUUGUGGGCAUCACAAGAAAGACCAGAACAUUUUCCUCACAGAUUAAAGAAACAAGAAGGGACUACCGAAGUUAGUAGUCUGGUCCCUUCUAAACAAGAAGAUCAGUUUACAAGACUGCUACAAGAGUGUGUACCAAACAUGGUUGAUCUUCUUCCAUCAUGUCCACAGUUCUCAAGAGUUCCUGGAUGUUCAUCUACUUUCAUUUCUAACACAUGUGAAACAAACAUGAUCAACUGGCCUGUUGACAUAAGUAUAAUUUGGAACAAUCCAUGUAAAUCAACAAAAGCUAAUUUAUCAGUGCCAUUCUUGGAGAAAUCCCAUGAUGAGAAAAAGUAUAUGGUAUCUUUGACAUACACUUGUCCAAAUGAAGCAAAAUAUCCUGGCUUCCCAUCUGCCAAGAGACGCAUGGUUUUAAGUACAGAUUCCAUGAGUGCACUAUGUGUAUCUUUCCCAGAAACAUCCAUUGUUAUUGGCGCACCUUCACAGCCCUCAUUUCCGGAGGAAAAUCAUCGUGGGGAGUGGCUUUUCAUGGAAACGUCAUUGUUGGAAGAACAUCCUAAACCAAAGCCAGUUUUUAGUAUUGAAAGCCCAGUUGAGGAUUCUGAGAUCCCUGUAAAGAUAGUGGUUCCAUCUUGCCCACCGUCAACACUUGUUCCUGGAUUCCCAACUGCACCAAACAGAAAAGAGAUCAUUAUCAAAUCAAAUGAAGAGGAAAAUCUCAUAUUUACGAAUCCAACAGAGUCUGCAGAGGUGCCAUUGAAGAAUGAGUCCAUGUUUGAAAAUGAGGCACCGGAUGAGAUAUUAGCCAUCAAACCGCAAUCUAAAGAAUGGCCAGAUGCUCUCGGAGACCAACAUGAAGCCAAUAUAAAUGUCAUAGAAUACACAGGGGCUUUGAUUCCCUCCUGUGAAAGAUCUGCACAAAUGGCAGAUUCUAUCCCCAAAGCUCCAAUAGAGGCAAAUAUGUUGAAGCUUCUUCCAUCGUGUCCAGUGCUGUCGAGCAUCCCUGGGUGUCCAUCUCUAAAGGAAUCUGGAGGCUUAGAGUGGGUUACUGAUCAGUCAGUAAUCUUGUGCAGUUUAUUGAAAGAAAGCCAGACUAAUAUUCCUGUUAAAGAUAAAAAAGACACACAAAAAAUUAUGGCUCUUGCACAAACAUGCCCACAAGCAUCACGCAUUCCAGGGUUUCCAUCUAGACCAUAUCCUAAAUCACAGAUGGAACCAAGCAUGCACAACCUUUGUCCUUCUUGCCCAAAGAAUUCUCAUAUAGCUGGUUGUCAGAGCAUCAAAACUCCUCAGAUAUCCAACUGGCCUAUCAGUACAAUAAUCUUAUGGUCAACCCAACUGAAUAAACCACCUAUCUUUGUGGACAUGGACAAGACACGUAGAGAAAACAUUAGUAGAAUGUUUGCUUUGGCACCAACCUGUUCAUCAGUGGCCUGUGUCCCAGGUUUUCCAUCUGUUCCUAAACCAAAAAUGUUGUGCAUCCUUCCCACUUGCCCGGAGAAGUCUAGAAUUAUUGGAUUUUCUUCUCAAGGGAAACCAGACCAUAUGGAUUGGUCUGUUGACAAGAUAACAUUGUGUCAUAUACCUUUUAAAAGGCAGCCUGUAUUUACUGUAGACAAAGUUGAUUGGGUCAGUGAAGUAACAAAAAUAAUGUUUGCAUUGGCUCCAUCCUGUCCGCCACAAGCAAGCAUGCUGGGAUUCCCAUGUGCACCUAAAUGCAAAUUUAAGCCGCAUCUCAAUAUGGUUGAUCUUCAUCAGUGUGUUCCGAAGACAUCAACAGUCAUUGGAUUUUCAUCGAGUAAUGGAAUAAACACAGGAGCGUGGCUUUCAGAUGAAAAGCCUUUGUGGGUGAAGCCUCUUAAAACAACAUCAGAACUGGUUGUCCAGUUCACCUUAGAUCCUUUGUAUGAACAAAUAGACAAAUAUAUCUUUCAGAUGAUGCCUUCACUGGUACCAACAUGCCCAAGUGAAGCUUGCAUACCUGGUUUGCCCUCUUUACCUCAGGUUAAAGUGGACGGAUUCUAUCUAAGUAAAGAGCCAGACAUAGUUAGUCUUUUGCAUUCUUGCCCAAUGAUAGCUUUUACCUUAGGCUUUCCUUCAGUAAAAUCUCUACCCAUGGAAGAGUCUCAAGCUAGGACUUGGUCAGCUCAGAGGUCCAUCUGGGUUAAACCACUUAAAGAGAGAACACUUUUGUCUUUAGAGAGGCCCAAAAAAGAAAAUUUACUGACCUCUGUCUUGCCACAUUCUCCAGAGGCUCCAUUCCCUGGAACUGAUGAGAUACAUUUCAAUAACAAGAUCACUGAAGUGACAUGCUUCCCAGCUGAAGCAAAGCUGUUUGAUUUCCCACUUGCUCCUAUAAGUGCAUAUGAAUCCCAGCAAAGUACCACCCCUAUAACCUCUCUAUCAAGUCCACCCGAAAAACAUAUUGAACACAAAUUUACCCAGCACAUAGAGUCAGAAAAGAAUCAAAUGCUGGAGAUGAAAGAAACUGAUUUAGGAAGUGUUCAUGAGAUGCCCUUGCCUGAAGGUACCGAUAACCAUCAGGAAAAGUUUAUUCUGGAAGAGCAACACAUUGGGGAGCAGUCUUCUAGUAAAACCCAUGAUACCACAAAGCAAGUAGAGACUGAUAUAGCUUUAGGAUGGGAAGUAUUGGAUGCAGAUGAUACUUCAGAAAGAGAAGGAUCUACUGGUCUUGUUAAGACUAUAGUUGAUGUCUUUCACAGAGGUUAUGAGACAGUUGCUGCAAUACUGCAGCCCUCUAGCUCUGGAUUGGUCACGGACACUCUAGAUACUCUCGACAGCCUUUCAUCCUCUGAGGAUCCUGACGACAGCAGCAGCCGUAUGGCCAGUGGAAGUGAUAAUUUAUUGGAGGAGAUAGAGUUUGCUGAACCCUACAUGUGGCACUUGGUCGGUGGUCGUUCGGAAUCUUCACUGUCAUCAAAAGAGACUGAAAGUUGGUUUGUUGAAGAUGAAGAAUUUUGCCUAAUGAGGAAGUGGCCGCCCUUGACAGAGGCUGACCUGAAUGAGAUAACAAAAGAGGAGGACAACAUACAUGUUGACACGUUGAUUCAAGAAGAAACAACUGUUCUUGAAGAGCAGAAGUAUGAGCAAGAUGUUGAUAAUAAUAAGAAUGUGACAGAGGAGGUUAAAAUGAUAGAGAUGUUGAAGGAUGAGGUGGGAGCAGAACUUUCAACCACGUUAUUGCCGGAGAAGGGGCCACAACAUCAUUUUGCCCAAGAGGUCUCUCUUUUCAUCCAACCAAAAAAGGACAUAUUAAUGGAUGAAGAGACACUGCCAAUGUCAUUGACCUCACCAUCCCCACAAACACUGAAUAAACCAAAGCCUUUCCCAGAACAGACUGCUGUUCCAGCGUCAAAAGAACCAGUGCCAUCAAGAAGGACAAAGAGGCAAGACAUUAUUCAAGAGACUUCCUCCUUAUUGACACCAGGUUCCAAUCCAGCUGGAAAUGAGCCAAAUGCCCAGAGUGACGAGAUCUGCAUUAUAAAACAAACUGAUCAUUAUACUCAGAUUAUAUCACACAAUGUACAGCAUAAUGGAAAGGACGUUAAUUAUCCAGAAAGAACGUCAGGCACAGUAAAAGCACUAACCAUUCAAAGUUUUUUAGCUACAGCAGAUGAGAGUCCAUGUCUAGAUAAAACGAUUGAAAAAGAUCGCCCGGCAGAUGUACCUGUCCCAAUGACUCGGACCAAGAAACGGCAAAGUGCUUCUUUUCCUGAUGAUACCAUUGUGGCAGAGACAGACAAAAAUAUGAUAGAAGUAUCCAAAGAUAGAAUUUGUCCAUCAGAAUCAAAAAAAGAGAAGUCCACUCCCCAAGAAACUGUACCAUCAUGUGAUAGCAAGAUGGGAGAAAAUGUUCCACUUUUGCCUCCCAAGGAUUACCCAUCACAACCAAAUAGUGGGAAAACACUGGCAGUUACUCAAUUAUGUGCUCCUAAGAGGCGAAAAAUUGAAGUUCGAACCAACAAUGUUGCUGAAGCCAGUGGCAAAAAGAGUGAAGGAGAAUUUGAAGUAAAGAUCCCACUGCAUUCUAUCAUCUCAGAUGUCUCUCAGUCUGCCACAAGAGAGAUCCAAGCUGAGAAUGAACUGAAUCUGAAAGAGCAGGUAAAGCUUGACUCUGAUGUGAAAAUGCAAAUCAAAUGCACAGAUCUUCCAGUCCCAAUACCUCAUGUGAAAAAGCGUCUUAGUGGUUCUUUUCCAGAUGAUCUUCCAACUCCUUCAUCCUCCCCUUUCCCUCAAGAGGAUUCAGAUAAUACUAUUCCCAAACAAGAAGAGCAUCUGGACCCAAGUCUACCGGUUCCAAUGCCACGUGUGAAGAAACGUCUAAGUGGUUUGUUUCCAGAUGAUCUUGUCCCCUCUCCUUGUCCACCCUUUCCAGCAGAUUCAGUUGACUUAAUGAUCCUUGAGAGAGGACCAAGUGAUACAAGCAUACCUGUCCCAGUUCCCCGCUCAAAGAAGCGUCUCAGUGGCAGCUUCUCUGAUGAGAACCCUCAAAGCUUUCCCCAAGUUUCGUAUGCGACAGUCUCAGAAGAGGGCCAGCUCCCUCUCUCAGGAAAUGAACAAUAUCCUGUUGAAGUGGCUAAAGAGGGUUCUUCACAACUUAAGUCACAACUGAGGACAGAAACAGGAAUAGAGAGCCUUGAGUAUUCAUCCACAUCAACGGGCAAUGAAAUGGAACUAAACAGAAAAGGCAUUGAGGAGUCUGUUAUGGAGAUCGUUGGACAAAUAGUUACUGAUGAGACAGCUAUGAGUGAAAAACAGAAAUCUGGUGCUCCACAGGAUGAAGAUGUUUGUCAGGACAAUUCAGAGAGGUCUGAUUUAAAAAAGCAACUAAAUGAAAAAGAUCAAAGUGCUAAAGGAGAAAAUGAAGCUGUUCUUCCUAAAGACAAUGAGGUUAAAUUGGGCACAGAGACUGUAGAUGUCACAUGUGUUGUCUUAGAUGUGUCUAGACAAGAAUCAGCUGAAGAAUCCAAUCUACCUGUGCCGAUGCCUCGCGUGAAGAAACGUUUAAGUUCUUCUUUCCCAGAAGACAGCUCCAGUCCCAAUGCUUCAUCACCCAAUCAAAAUGAGGUUUCUGUAAAGGCCAGCGAUGAGCCAACAGUGCCUGUUCGUAAUAAAAGGAGGGCAGCAGGAACAGGGGCCAUGGACUUUCAAGGAAGUUCCACAGAUAAGACAUCCACAGCUAGUGAAAUAGAGAUAGCAAGCUUGGUGAGCUCAAGUCAGUCUCUGUUGGAUUGGUGCCAAAAGGUCACAGAAGGUUACAAGGGCGUAAAAAUCACUAACUUCAGCACCUCAUGGCGAAAUGGUCUUGCCUUCUGUGCCAUCCUACAUCACUUCCACCCAGAUAAAGUGAAUUAUGAAAUGCUGGAUCCAUAUGAUAUUAAACGCAACAGCAAGAAGGCAUUUGAUGGUUUUGCCGAACUGGGCAUCUCCAGGCUGAUCGAGCCCUCUGACAUGGUGCUGCUGGCAGUGCCCGACCGGCUCAUUGUGAUGACCUAUCUCAAUCAGAUCCGCACAUAUUUCACGGGCCAGGAGCUCAGUGUCAUACAGAUUGAAAAGAAUAGCAGUGAAUCCAGUUACGCUGUUGGUGAGAAGAGGGAGGAAGCCGACCCUGAGGCAGCUGUUCGCUAUUGUACUGAACGACUCCAGGGCAGCGGCAUCACUCUAGAGACCAAUGGAAACUUUGUUGAAAGGGACGUUAAGGGAGGUGCUGGGGCUUUCGUGCCACCUCCAAGAACUAAGCGAAUGCAAGCUGGAGUCCCAGGGGGUGCUCAGCCUCCGGUGGCACCACCCAGAACUCACUUUAAGGCUUUUUCUCAUGUCAAGGAUGCAAAUCUUGUGAAAAAGCGAAGAUCGCUACUGCGGGGAGAGUCACUGGAUGAAACUGAACUGUCAGAGCAGCCGAGUGCAACAGAGGUUGCAUUAGGUCAAGCAGAAACUGAAGCAGCCAGAGGAGUUUCACAGUCACAAAACACAGAGUCCCAUGCAGAAGGCACUGCAGAAGAAAAACAGGAUGUCAGUCAGUAUGUUCUCAGUGAGAUGCAGGCUCUGGAGGCUGAACAGAAGCAGAUAGAUCACAGGGCAGCCAUCGUGGAGAGGAAAUUAAGAAGUCUUAUGGAAUCUGGUAGUGAUCGUGUAGAAGAAGAGAAACUGAUUCAGGAGUGGUUCACUCUGGUCAACAAGAAGAACGCUUUGAUCAGGAGACAAGACCAUCUACAGUUAUUGCAAGAAGAGCAAGAUUUAGAGAGGAGGUUUGAGAUGCUGAAAAAAGAGCUUCAAGAUCUAAUGGCUGUAGAAGAAUGGAAGAAAACCCAGGCCCAUAAAACCAGAGAGCAGUUGUUGCUGCAGGAGCUGGUGUCUAUAGUCAACCAGAGGGAUGAGCUAGUGCAUGACAUGGACGCCAAAGAAAGAGGGGCUCUUGAAGAGGAAGAAAGGUUGGAGAAAGGUCUGGAAAUGAGGCGCAGAAAGUAUGGAAGUCGGAAAGAGAAGUGUGUGUUACAGUGAGGAAUGCUGUGCACCUGCGGUAAUGCAGGACCGUCUCAUUAAACACUUUGCUGAUGGACUAAUGUGGUGUGUGUGUGGACCAUAUCACAGUAAAUGCCAAUGGAGGACACGACUAGAUGAAUCCUUAUGUUGGAAAGAAAUUUGAGUAUGAGCGCCAGAGAAUGUUUAUUGUGGGUGGAUUGAGAGUUGUUUCUUUUUAGAGACAUUUUAAGCAGUAGAAUGUUUUGUGUGAUGAAUGGACAUUUGUAAUGGUCCAUGGUAUUCUGAAAGCACUUCUUGUUUUGAAAUGUAGAAGCUUUUAGUCUAAAUAUACAAACAGGUGGCCUUUGCAGUGUUAUUUACUUGAUUAUUUAACUAGUUUGUCACUUGCAGUGAUUUUAAGCAUAUCUCAGAUGUCAAAGUUAUGUAACAUUUUAUAAAAAUGUACACUGGUGGCCAAAUGUUUGGAAUAAUGUACAGAUUUUGCUCUUAUGGAAAGAAAUUGGUACUUUAAUUCACCAAAGUGGCAUUCAACUGAUCACAAUGUAUAGUCAAGACAUUAAUAAUGUAAUUAUAAAAUAGAACUUCUUAAACUACUUCAAGUUCUCAUUAAAAAAUCCUCCACGUGCAGCAAUGAUCCUGCAAAUCAAUGAUAGCUUUGCAGAUCCUUGGCAUUCUAGCUGUCAGUUUGUCCAGAUACUCAGGUGACAUUUCACCCAACGCUUUCUGUAGCACUUGCCAUAGAUGUGGCUGUCUUGUCAGGCACUUCUCACGCACCUUACAGUCUAGCUGAUCCCACAAAAGCUCAAUGGGGUUAAGAUCCAUAACACUCUUUUCCAGUUAUCUGUUGUCCAAUGUCUGUGUUUCUUUGCCCACUCUAACCUUUUUUUUUUCUGUUUCAAAAGGGUCUUUUUCUUUGCAAUUCUUCCCAUAAGGCCUGCACCCCUGAGUUUUCUCUUUACUGUUGUACAUGAAACUGGUGUUGAACGUGUAGAAUUCAAUGAAGCUGACAGCUGAGGACAUGUGAGGCAUCUAUUUCUCAAACUAGAGACUCUGAUGUACUUAUCCUCUUGUUUAGUUGUACAUCUGGCCCUCCACAUCUCUUUCUGUCCUUGUUAGAGCCAGCUGUCCUUUGACUUUGAAGACUGUAGUGUACACCUUUGUAUGAAAUCUUCAGUUUUUUGGCAAUUUUAAGCAUUGUAUAGCCUUCAUUCCUCAAAACAAUGAUUGACUGACGAGUUUCUAGGGAAAGCGGUUUCUUUUUGACCAUUUCUGAUCUAAUAUUGACCUUAAGAUAUGCCAGUCUAUUGCAUACUUUGGCAACUCAAAAAAAAAUAAAAAAACACAAAGACAAUGUUAAGCUUCAUUUAAUGAAACAAACAGCUUUCAGAAGUGUUUGAUAUAUGGCAAGUGAUUUUCUAGUACCAAAUUAGCAAUUUAGCAUGAUUACUCCAGGAUAAGGUGUUGGAGUGAUGGCUGCUGGAAAUGGGGCCUGUCUAGAUUUGAUCAAAAAUGACUUUUUUCAAAUAGUGAUGGUGCUGUUUUUUACAUCAGUAAUGUCCUGACUAUACUUUGUGAUCAGUUGAAUGCCACUUUGGUGAAUUAAAGUACCAAUUUCCUUCCGAAACAGCUAAAUCUGUACAUUAUUCCAAACUUUAGGCCGCCAGUGUACACAAACUCGCAGUUUGAACGAAGGAUAUUAGUGUUAAGAAGUCCACUUUUAAAGAAUAGAAAAAUGUUUGUUAGGUGUUCUGUUAGGAAGGUUAUGUGUCCAACUAACCAAUAAAUGCAGACAAGGUGUGAAUUUGUAGCCAAAUAUAAGGACAGUUGUGAUGUUGGCAUAUAUAAUUAUGCAUAGGUUAAUGGGAGUAAAACAAGGGUAGCAUUUUAACUGUUGCACAAGGCUAAGAAGCAGUCCACUUUUUCAUUUAGGGGAAGUUCCAAAUAACAGGCUAAAAUUUUGACCUUUUCAUUAAAAUAAAACUUUGCCAUAUGAAAAUACACAUAAAGAAACAAGUUUAUUUUUUUUUUACAUGUAAUAUCUUCAUCUGAUUAAAUAUACAUACGUACAUUUGCAAAUUUUAUUAAUAGUGAUAAAAUGCCACAACUAAAAUUUUGGAAAUUGCAAAGUAUUGUGUAAAGUUAAGGUCAAAAUCCUUCCAAAAUCUUCAUUAAUGCCUGUAGUACCUACCCUUAAGGUACUUUAUUUGGUUAUUAUGGUAAUGACCUACACAUCGUGUGACAUCUAAAUGACCCCUAAAAGUACUGUUACAAGAGUUGCUUAUCCUUUAGAUAUCAAAUCAUUAUUUGUUUUUGUCUAGACAUAUUUAGUCUUAAAACUGCCCCUUCGGUUUGUUCUUUAGAAAACAAAGUUUAACAAAUUCAACUUGUUAUGUUAUUAAGUGUUAUUUGUUGAUGUUAUACAUAUCAUAAGAUAUUUUAUGAUGAUUAAAUCCAGAGUGACAUUCUGGAUAUUUUGGAUAUUUGUUUGUUGAAAGAAUAUUUGUCUGUAUAUGCCAAAGCAAAAGAUGUGGAGCAUGAAAGACACAAAUCCUCACUCAAUGGAUAACCAAUAUCUUCCUCUAAUAUCAAAUGUGAGUAGAGAAUGCAUAUAAGGCGAGAGUGUGUAUGAACUUUAAAUGUAAGCAUGUUUUAAAUAUCUGAAUCUAGAGUUGGGGUACUCGAGUUCAGACUCGAGUCCGAGUCACGAGUCCAAUUUUAAUGGACUUGGGCUUGUCACGGACUCGGAUGCAUUUUUUACUCGAGCUUCUCGGACUUGGGAUUUUUUUCAGAGUCCGGCAGAGUCCAUGGCAUUUGUGAUGCAAUGAAAAACAAACAAACAAACAAACAAAAAAAUAAUGUAACAUAGGGUGACCAUACAUCCUCUUUUCCCCAGACAUGUCCUCUUUUUCAGACCUGAAAAAAGCGUCCGGCCGGGAUUUCAAAAUUGCCUCUGAAUGUCCGGGAUUCAUAUUCAUGUACUCUUUACAGUUAGUACUAUCAUACAUUCUGUUUAUUUGAUACUGCACAUCAGUUUUCAUGUGUAUAUGUCCUUACGUGUGAUUAUUCUGGCUGAGAGCAGCAGCGCGCACUCUUUCAAAGUACUUUCUCUCUCUCUCUCGCCUGUGCUCUAUGUGUGUGCGGGAAAGAGAUCACCAUUCGCCAGACGUGCUCUGCCACUCUCAUCCAGAAACAUCAAUAACGUAUGUACACUUUUGAAAGUACGUUCCCCAACUCUGCAAAUUAUUAAAUAGAACAGGUUUUAUUAGACUCACUCUUAUACGCAAAGUCAUUUCUAACUGAAAAUGUUGACUAUAUCGAGACAAAAUCAAAUUUACUACGUAUUAGGGACAUUUAAACUAAUAUGACGGAUGAAAUAGACCAUGAUGGAAAUUGUACAACUCAGUCCAUCACAUAUUUAUACUUGCUUUUCAAUGGCAAAAAAGUCAGAAAAUGCAAUGAAGAACAGAAGUCUCAAUUCACUUAUUAUCCAAACUAAAUAUAACGUGAAAACAAACGUCAGUCCAAGGUGAGUUUGUCAAAAAUUUGAUCUUGAUUUUAGGGAAGUAGGCCACACCUGGACACAUCAGGAGGACUGAAAAGUGUGAAGUGUAGUAUAUAUUUUUUAAUGGUAUCUGAUCUUUUCUGUUUUUAUUAUAUGUUGUUGUAUUUAAUUUUAUGGGCAUUAUUAAAUGUUUUAAUAUUACCAUUUAUUAAAUGUAUUUAAUUACAUUACACGUAUUUCACCCAUAAUUUUAGAUAAAACUAAACUAAACUGAAUGGACAAAUUGAAAAUGAAGUAGAAAAAAAACUAAAUAAAUCGAAAUAAUAAUAAUUGGUUGUAAUGACAAAUGCAGUUUUCACUUUCUUUAGUCUAUGUUUGAGUGGAGGGGAAAAAGCAACAAAUAACUGAAAUGUCAACAGAAUGCAAUAAGAAGUGUGUUGAAGGACAGUUUUGUCUUCAUACACCUAAAGCAUAUGCUUUCAUUCUGAAACCAAUUUGAAAUUUGUUCAGCAGGAUCCUAAUACUUUUUUGUUUGUUUGUUUUUUUGCAUUUAUAUUGACAAAUUGUUUUUCUUAAUUUUGAAGGUUAAAAUCAGUUUGAAAUAUUGAUGUUGAGUUUACGGUUACAACUGGAAUUCAGAUUCAUGAACAGAUUCAUUCGGACUCAACUCGGACUCAGCCUGUUAUGGACUCGGUCUUGAGUUAGAAUCAGCCCCUUUUGGACACUGACUCAACUCUGACUCGGUUGUUUAAAGACUCGGACAUGACUCGGACUCGACUAAGGUGGACUCAAACCCAACUCUAUCUGAAUCUAUUAAAAUAGUUCUAUUUGGGAUUAUUACAAGUAUAACAUCAUAUUUAAUCCAUGAAUGGUACCAAAUGUUAAAGUCAAGCAUUCGUGCUCUUUUUGAGGAAUGAUGUUAUACUUGAGUGAAUGGAUGUUUAGCGAGUCUCUGCUCAUUGAAUUGUCAUUAUUCUUUGGCCACUGUUUACCUUUAGUUUGAAAUGUCUUUUUCUUUUUCUUUUUUUUUCAUUAUUCAUAUGUGGUUAAAUUAUAAAUUGUUUUUGAACAGUCCUCAUAUCAACUAAUACACUACGGUUGACAUGCUGGGAAAUGAAAUUUUUUAAAGAUUAUGUAUUGCAUCUGAAUUUGUAUCUGUAAGAGGCUCACAGAUAAGGCUAUAAAAUGUCACUGUAUCUUUUAGUUUUGAUAGCAAAGCUCAGAACAACAGUAAACAGAAACCAUAUCCAUUUAAUUUACAGUAUUUGCACUGUCUUCAAGUUUUUGAGUACAUAUAACAUUUGUUCAGCAGUAACUUGUAUGCUUUAAUGUACAGCAAGAUUCAUAUUUUGUGAUCUUGGAAAGGACAAAAAAGGUAGAAAGAUGUGAGCAAGAGAAAAUGUCAAUACCUUUUUUUUGUUUUUGUUUUUGUUUUUGUUUUAUUUGAACAACUGAAUUAAAAAAGCCACUCGUUCUUUAUUAA